AUGCCGAUGCGCUUGGCGCCCCACAUAGAUGUCGUGUACAGCGAGCUCUUCCAGCAGAUCAAGGUGUCGCGCCAGCAGUUCAAGGCGGCCAUGUCGUGCAUCAAGACGCUCGAGGAUGUCGAGCCGCAAGAGACGUACGCCGUUGAACACGUCACGCGCGCAGACUGGUUCGCGCUCGUGCUGAGCGGCAGAGUGCUUGUGUUUCACAAGGGCCGGCCGCCGCAGACUGUCGAUCGCCUAGAGUUCCUCCACUCACCCGACCGGUUCGGCGUGCGCGGCGGCGACAAAUCGCAAGUGACCAUGACGGCAAUGGACCGCUGCCGCGUGGUCAUGUGGAAACGCGACAAGCUCAAGCUCACCAUCAGCGAUGACACCUUCCUGCAGGUCGUGUUCGACAACGUGGUCGGCAAGGACGUCGUGAGAAAGCUGCUCUUCGUCACCGAAUCUGCACAGAGGAACGCCGAGAACGCGUCCGAGACGACCAAGUUCUCAUCCAGAUAA